UCGUUUUUCAUUCACCUCGUAUUUAAGAUUAGUACUACUAACAUACAAUUUUAAUUCUAACUCAAGACUUCUCAAGAGCAAGGUCAUUUCUUCUGCUCGGUGGUUAUACAGAUGAUGACGCUCCUAAAGUCACUGCCAGUUGUGCUGAUUCUUUUCCACAUCGUUUGCGGUUGGAACUAUGGAGGAGGUGGCCAUCAUGACAUUCCCCACAAAAUAAUCAUCAAGCACGUUCCAAAACAUGUACCUGUGUACAAACCCGUUCCCAUCCCUAAACUGGUGCCUGUUCCAAAACCUGUGGGUUACCUGAAACCACUCUCUAUUGCCAAACCUUUCAAAGUACCGCAAGUUAUACCGGUGAUCAAGCACUUGCAAAAGCCUUUUCCUGUCUUGAAAGGAGUUCCGUUCCACUUCCCGAUUCCUUUGCCGAAACUGGUGAAACUCCCCUUCCAGAUAAAGAUUCCAAAACCAUACGUCGUGAGGGUGCCGAAACCAUACGCCGUCGCCAAGAAGUAUCCAGUGGCAGUACCUGUACACAUUCCUAAACCAUAUGUUGUACCGAUCUUGAAAUCCGUUCCAGUCGGAGUACCUCAAAAGAUACCCAAGAUUGUACCCGUUGUGAAAGAAGUUCCAGAAUACGUCAAAAGGCCAGUACCAGUAUACAUUGAAGAGCAACCGUACAAGCCAAACUACAAAGGAACACCUUAUCCUAGUGGUGAUUACAAAGGAACACCUUAUACUGGUGGUGAUUACAAAGGAACACCUUACCAAGGCGGUGAUUACAAGGGUUCCCCUCUUCCAGGAAAGGGCACGCCUUACCCACAGGGUGGUCAUAAAGGCAAAGGAGGAGGAGGUGGUCAAAGUAGCAUCAUCAACCCUACAAGUGCAGCAAGUUUCUUGGCAACCCAUGCUGGAAAACUGCAAUCUCAUCCGGACGGUCAGAGUCAUAUCUAUGGUGCCUAUACUCAAAAUCAUGCUUUCUCAGGCCUUCAAGGACUCGGUGGAGGAAUCCAUGGAGGAUAUCAUGGAGCACAUUGGGGCUCUGAUGUGCAAGGGUAUGGAGGUUCAUGGGGUUUUGAAGGAAAUCAAAAUCCUUACGCUAGCGGAGCACAAGAUCAUGGCCAUUAUAUUCCUGGGGAUAUUGAUGGUUCUGGUGUAUAUGGAAGAGAUACAACUAAGGAGCAAGUCGUUUCUGAAAGCACCAAAUAUGGUCAAGAUAAUGGCGCUGGGGGUAUUUCCUACGACCAAAACCACUUUGCUUCGGACCAAGUGGAAGGACAACAAAACGAAGGAUAUGGCUCGGAAAAUCCCCAAACGUAUCUUGGCGUGUCCGUCAGCAAUUUUAACGACCAUUCUGGAAGAGGUGAGCAAUAUCAAGGAGAACAAUCCACUGGGGGAUAUAACGUCGGAGAAAACAAAAUAACUUCCGAUUUCCAGGGUGAAAACACUGGAACGCACUAUGGCAAUAAUGGACAGGUCCCAACUUUAGCUAUAUAUCAAUUGCAAAACGGAGCUGCCACUCCGAUCAAUUAUCCUCAAGCUAAUGCAAAUUAUUAUAACACCGGAUACCAAUCGCAUAGCAACAACAACUACCAAGGCGACGGAAAUGAAGACCAAGGAUACGAUAACCAGGCACCACCCUAUGCAGGAUACGAAUCUCAAAUAUAUUCCCAAAAUGAAAAUACCGAUGCAGUGAAUAAUGGGCCGCCGCAGCAACAAUCAUCCUAUGGAUACCAGAGUCAAGAUAAUUCGUAUGCAUCCUAUCAACAAAGCGGAAAAGAGUACCCGUCGCCUCAAAGUGAUGCAGGUUAUCAACCCUCUCAACAAAGUGAUACACCCCAUCCAUCUUUUCAAAACGACGAACCCACUCAAGAUGAGGACUCUCCCUCCCAGCAGGACCAAAACAAUUACGGAAGUCAAUCCUCGACUUAUGAAAACCAAGGAAGUUACGGAAGUCACGGAAGCUCCAAAGUGUAUCAUAACCAAGCAUCCUACUACAUCAACCACGGUAAUACGGAGGUGCAAGGGAACGACGCGAGCCACCAAGACGUAGUUGCGAGUUUGCAAAACUACGGACUGAAAGCUGCGUAUGCCACCCAACCCGGGAAGGAGAAUGGGCGAGUAGAGGGAGCUACUGGAACGGUUUACAUGCGUGCCUAUGACCAGGCCGGAAAUCCCGUCUACAACGUGCAGAACUCGGUCAACUUCCAGGCUCAAGAAACACAACCUAGGGAUACAUACUCUGACUAUUCUCAAACAAAACCAGAGGAGGAGCAGGCAGAAAAGCAAGAACCGUUGAUCGCCAAAGCCAGAUCUUACGAGAGUGACCAACUGGUGGGCGACUCGAAUGGAUACAGCACGCAGGAAGGGGGAGACAUAAAGGGAGGGUCAUGGAAUGCGGCGUAACUGUUUUAGUCAAAGUAUUUUAUGCUUACGUAUUUAUUUGCUAUCGAGUAUUCAGCCAAGCGUUGUGCCAAGUCUGUUGAUAUGAAAGUGCAUUUCCUCAAAAGGGAAUAAACGCCUGGUGCGAACGAAUUAUACAUACAC